AUGCAGGUGCACCCGGAGUUGUACAAGUCGUGCCCUGCCCUUCCCCAGCAAAAUCCCAGGAACUCCCAAAAGGUCGACCGCCGGAUCGAAACAAUUUGCUUGAUCCCAUGGAAACUUUCGGGAAUCUGGUUCCUGAAGGGUGCAGGGGGGUCCAAAGGGCAAAGCAGAACUACAAUGUUUGAACUCCCCUACUCCUGGAGCGAGUACAGACUUCCAAAAUCGCAGGGUCCAUUACGAGGGAAAGCGGGGGGAGGGCCGUAUGCAGCGAUGGAGCUGCAGCGCUUGGCCCUUCUGGGUUCAUUGGGCGCAGCGUACUUGAAUGGCACGAUGGUUGGAUGGGACUGCGACUCAUCAAUCUUUGAUGAAAUUUGGGAGACUGCCUCGAGGGUAUUGGAUCAUACGUUGAAGGCAUCUGACAAUGUUAACCAUUUGAGAUGGACCUCACUUGCCAACCAGGAUCGCUGUCCAAUUGCUGUUGCUGUAAGCAGGAUUGUGCAUUGCAUACUGACGUUUCAGAGGGACUGGCACGGUGACAUUCCCAAGCUGCUAGCGAGACCUAUCCAUAUGCUUCAUAUACCUUUCUCCUGGGAGCUUCAAUUGCUUUUGCAGCCUAAGCUCCUGCUGCCAGAGACGCCCACGUCACGGAAAUGGCACCUGCUCUUCCUGGAGGGGCUCGGGCAGCUGUCGGACAUGCUUUGCCUUGGCGACGUCAAGCCAAACUACACGCAGUACUGCCAAGAGAAUCCUUGGACUGAAGGUUGCGACCGCCACCUACCAAGUUGCAACGGCCAGGCAAAAUGGCCAGCAAGUCCAGAGCAGCUGUACCAAUGCGGGCUCCUAAGGGGAGCUCGGGGGUGGCAGUGCAUCCACCGCAGGCUACCCACUGCUAACAGCCUGCUAGAGCUCCUGGUCCCUUCACAGUCUUCUUGGUGGUAUGCCUUGAAGCAUGCUUUGGCGAGGCAUACAUGGCGCGGCACAAGAGGGCAGAAGACCAAGCCUUUGGCUUCAUGCAGCAAGGCACUCCCAAGGCAGUACUUGCCAGCGGCUCUGUGUCCUGCUGGCUCGAACCUGGCCCCACUGGACGGCUACGUGGCGCAGACCGAGGUAAUUCCGGGAAGACUUGAAGCUGUCAUCUUUGCCGCGACGGUUCAGGAGUUGAAGGGCUGUGGUGUGGAGGUUGAGCUGCAUCUACAAGUCACAGAGCUUCAGGCUCCUGUCCGACUGGCUCCCUGCGAGGUGAUCGCUUGCAGAGAGCAGUGUGCAACCUGGGAGGCUUCACACUAUCUAAGAUUUGCUUGCCACGUGUCCUUGAACGACACUGAUGUUGAGUACAAGGCACUGGGAGCCACCGGCUCAGGCCACAUCACAGAGCCCACGCUGCACACUGUCAUCAGAUGUCGAUUUCCAUAUGCUGUGCCUCCAGAAUGGCUCGGUGGGUCAUGGAAUCGGACUAGUUGGAACCUCGAGCUCCAUGAGCUGGAUGGGGUCUUUCACACCCCGAUACCACUGCAGAUGUGCCCCUACCCACGGCCUGAACCUGGGGCAAGAAACAUUGCCCUGUGCCUUCGGCCAACCAUUGACGCGGGCAAAAUCAAGCAGUUGACGGCUGACUGGUUGGCUUACCAUCGAAUGAUGGGGGCUGACCAUGUAUUCAUCCCUGACAUGGACGGUUCAGUGGAAUCCCUCUUGAUGGAGGACAUGCCCGCAGGAGGUCUACUACGUCAGGGACGAUUAACGUAUGUCAAGGAUGUUCACAAGAGGUUCGGCAGGCGAGUUGCUGGGCUGAAUGGUAUUAUAUGGAGCUCCUUCUCAGCUCCAGUUUGCGUGGAGUCGCUGGCAGCGAAUCACUGUUUAGCCUUGGCUCGCAGUGCUGGCUUCGAGUGGUUCGUUUUCCUGCGGGGCCUCGACAAAUUCCUCCACUCCGACCUGGAUAUGCAGCCAGGAAUGCUUCGCCGCUUCCUCAACCGGGCGCCACCUGCUUUCCAGAUCCUAAGGCGUCACUGUGGAGGAAGAGACCGAGAGGCAUUGCAGCAGGGAGCCGACGUAAAUGUGUCUUCGGUGCCUCCUGUUUUCAGCCAGUUCCGGCUAUGUGAACCCCUCCAGCUGUCUGUGGAGGAUCCGAUGAGAGAUGUGAGCUGGGUGCCUGCUAUGCGCACAUCUGCAACUGACUUGAUUCUUCCAAACAUGCCGGUUAUCUUCAACAGGUCAUACGUGGGUAGCGUCCCAGGAAUCCCUGUACACAUCUUGCGCGCACAGCACUACGUCCGUGCUUUCGAGGAAAGCGGCGAGCGUGAAGAGCGAAAACACUCCAAAGAGUUGGAUGAGGACAGCAGAUUCACAGAGCUAGAGCACGGCAUGGAAUGGGCAGUGGCAGAAGUGUCCUACGGAAAAGCCAGGAGGAAUGAGAUCCACGCAUUUAGUCAGAUCUACCACACGGAGGGCCUCGUGCGAGGGCUUUUCAAGGGCGUGUCGAUGAAUUGGAUCAAAGGUCCAGUUGCUCCUUGGCCGAUGGUUCAGCGCUCAGGGUCCAUGCAGCAGUUUACGGUGAAGGCUUGA